AUGGGGUACACCAACGAAAUAACAAAUGGCGCAACCACUAAUGGCCACACGGCUGAUGGGCUGCCCAAGGAGGCGUUUGUUGACGGUGACGUCGCUAUCUCUCCCAAUGCUCCAGCCGAAAUUCCUUCGCUGCUGAAGCGGAUUGCAGCAAGCGGAAAUGGGUAUGCCGCUCUGAAAGACGAGAAAGUACGGACAGACCUCUUGGAUACUGCCCGGUCUCUGGUAUACGCGCUGGAGACGCCGCGUGAAGCUAUAAUAAGACAUUGCUGGUCGCAGAGUACAGCAUACGCAGCAAUUGAAACCGGUGUCGACUUGGGAUUAUUCACAGUAUUGUCUCGCGAUGAUACCCCCAAGACAGCCACCUCCCUUGCGCAGGCCACCAACGCCGACCCUGUGAUGCUAUCUCGAAUCUUGAAGCAUCUUGCCGCGAUCGGGGUAAUCACCGAAACUGGCCCCGACGAGUACCGUCGCACUGGAUUCUCGACCUCCAUGAGCUCGCCUCGCUACAGCGACGCCUAUCCUUGCAUGACCGGAUGCAUCACCUCCGGCGUCCUCGCUCUCCCCGCGCACCUGAAGCAAAACAACUACCGCAACCCCGGCGACGGCACCGACGCAGCCUUCCAGCACGGCUUCAAAACAGACCUCCACUUCUUCGACUUCCUCAAAGAAAACCCCCAGCACGCCGUGCAGUUCAACAACCACAUGUCCGCCUACCACCAAGGCCGACCCAGCUGGAUGGACGUCGGGUUCUACCCCGUGCCGACGCUGACGGAGGGAACGGAUAUAACCAGCGACGAUGUGCUGCUGGUCGACAUGGGCGGCAGCAUGGGCCAUGAUCUGUCGGAGUUCCGGCGCAAAUGGCCCCAGAUCCCUGGUCGGGCUGUGUUGCAGGAUCUACCGGAGGUGAUCCAGCAGGCUAGGUCGAUGAAUUUGCCGUCGUCGAUCGAGACCAUGAGUCAUGACUUUUUCACGGAGCAGCCUGUCAAAGGAGCUCGCGCAUACUACAUGCACUCGGUGCUUCAUGACUGGAACGACGACAACUGCAAGAAGAUCCUGGAGAAUAUCGUCCCGGCCAUGAAGCGCGGGUAUAGUAAAGUUCUCAUCAAUGAGAAUGUUAUCCCCAGUGUGAAUGCGUACUGGGAAACGACUAGUCUGGAUAUCAUUAUGAUGGCGGAUUUUGCGUCGACUGAGCGCACUGAGAAGCACUGGCAUGCGCUGGUUGAGUCUGCUGGUUUGAAGAUUAGCAAGAUCUGGACUGCUCGAAGAGGUGUGGAGAGCCUGAUUGAAUGCGAACUAGCGUAA